AUGUCGGUGGUAAAGACAGGUAAGCGACCGCUACGGUCGCUAACCGCUCAUGAAAAGUUGGAUGCUAUACGGAGGGUGCAUGGUGGUGAAACAAAGGCGUCGGUUGCCAGUGAUAUCGGGGUCCCAGAAUCAACCCUCAGAGGUUGGUGCAAGAACGAGGACAAAAUAGCAUACCUGUCUCGUCAAUCCAGCCCUGACACAGACGAAUCGUUCAAUGACUACACCAUUUCGAAGAAGCCAAAGGUUGAAGAUCAACCCUUCAACCUAAGUCUGAAACGGAACGGACAGCACUCUCCAAAUUAUGAAGAUGACCUGAGAUUCAAGCAUACAGAACCAGACUCCAGCAUGAACACAUCGCUUUAUAGACCGCAAACUUCACAAUUUACCAACCGAAUGACAGAGAGCGAACGCAGUAGGUCUGAAUUGGCCCGUAUGAACAGCUGUCCCUCCGACCUGACAGCUUUUACAGCUAAUAUGAUGGCGCAUUGGAACGCAUUGGUGAUGCAGAAGGCUUUGCAAGAACAGGCCAAGACCUAUGUGACAGCAGCCGCCGAUACAAGUACCAGAAUAUCACCAGCCGAAUGUGGAUUAUUGACCACUGUGGACAAGCAGAAAGACAUGGUGCAUCACCUUCCCAAAGACAAGCAGCGUGUCGAUGAAGCAAUAUUGUCUUGGCUGUCUACGUCAGCCACUCUGCAAACUUCCAAUGGGAUUCCAAGUUCGUCGCCCGCCAGUACUAGCACAGUAAGUUCAACACAAUUUGAUAAUUCUAUGACUGCGAAUCAAAGCUCUUGUUUUUUGAAACGGUACAACCAGCAACCUUAUGGCCAGCAAUUGCCACAAGACACCAAGCUAGUUUAUUAUCAGCAAUUGACCAAUGAACCUCAAGCUGCUACUUUAUCUCCUCCAGUUCAACCUCAACCUUUGCUUCAGAUUGUCCGAGUACCUGACCAACAAGGCGCUGAAAAUGUCUCAAUGCACAAUGAACAACAGAAAGAAACCACCAAUAACAAGGUGAGAUCAGUCUUAGACAAACUAUUGCUCAACAAUAGCAUCAACGUUGCUGUGAACAGAAAUGCAACCAGAGUGGAAGAAGAUACUUUGACCCGAAUUGAAGCCGUGCAACAUGGUGAGAAAUUUCUCGAAUGGCUGGAAACCUGCAGUGAUCCAUCCAUAACUGCCAUGCAGAUCAUACAGUAUAGGACCUUGUUGAAUAACCUCAAAGCAGGGGAAGAUAGGAAGAACGGGGAGCUGCAAGUUAAAUCCAAAGUGAAAAGGAAGUAA